UAGGUCAUGCACGUACACAAUGCGAAAGGUAUGGAUUUUGUGUUGUGACAUUUUACCUCAUGCAUCAUGUAUGGCUUGUUGUGCUCAACUCCAUGGGGUCAUAGCGAGGGAUCGGAAGUUGAGCGCCAUGUUUUCCUCUUCGUCAUGAACAUUGCGAUGACGUGGCACACUGUUUGCGUGGUGAGAGAUCAAAAUCCAAACUAGGCGUCAUUUCACGUAGCCAUAUUAGACACUGAUCACUUAAAGUUUCUCCUGGCAGCUUAUCACGAACUCAAAGCUAGACGAUCAUGGCAUCGACGACUGUGAACCUUAGACCUCCGCCGUGACACUGAACUAUCAAGUGCUCUGACUUGGGUCAGUGCAAACAGAAGUUGGCUGUGGCCGUUGGUUUCUGGCUUUGGACCUGAUUUAUCCAUUAUUUUUUGGAAAGAACACGUAAAUUCAAUUCAGGUAUGUCUGGUGACCAUUCAAAACGUGCGGGAGACUCGCAGGUUCGCCUUUUUGUCUGGACAGGCCUUCGAUCUUUGUCCACCAUACUAACGAAAUGUCUGAGCUUUGUGGAAGACAGUCUGAUUUUCUUUGAGCCGUACUUUUGCGCUUAUCUGCAUGGGCCCCAGAGGUUCGUGCCAGAGGUUCCAGAUGCUGACGAGGAAGCUCGGAUUGCGAACUACGAAAGAAACGCCGCUGCGGUGACUUCAGUUGAGGGGGGAUUUGAAGCAUCCGAGUGCACAUACCAAUGGGUGAAGGAGCGACUCGAAGAAGACCAUGGCGAAAAACGGUUCGUCUUCUGUAAAGACUUCGCCUCAGCAGUUAUCACUGGAGACAAGCUGAAGUUCCUCCCACGUGGCUAUCAACACGUGUUUCUCAUCCGCCAUCCCCUAAAAGUCUUCCCGUCUAUGAAGAGUAUGCUCCGUGUAACCAUGAAGGCGUCCGACGAUUUCAGUUUGGAGGAGCUAAAGCGGUAUCCGACGGACGGCAUGUAUCGGGACAUGUCUGAUCUAUUCGACCACAUACGGAAAGAGUACAAACAAGAAGCAAUUAUCAUCGACGCCGAUGACCUUCAGCAAGAUCCUAGGGGCGUCCUAUCAGCGCUCUUCACCGCCAUUGGGAUGCCCUUCCAAGAGCAGCUCCUCAGCUGGGAGGCAGGGGAUGCCGUGUCCCGCUCAUGGAUAAUCUCCCAGACGCAAUUGAGAGGAAAUAAGUUUGGGCAUUAUUACAAGAACGCCUUCGCAAGCACGUGCUUCCUGAGACCCAGUGCACUACCGGAUCGUGAGUCGCUCUCAGCGGAUAUUCUCCGCUGCGUCGAUGCCUCCAUGCCCUAUUACGAGAAGAUGUACGCCCAGCGUUUGAAACCUGUCUAAAAUUUGGAAUACACAUUGCGGUCUAUAUGUACAAAUAGUUGCGAAGAGGAUAUUUGCUAUACAAAAUGGCUCAAGAAUGGUAGUCCCUAUUACUGUAAGUGUGCUUUACUUCAAUUGAGCUAAAAAAACAAAAAGUUCAUCCCAGCCCCUUUUCUAGCCCAGAGUAGUGAUUCCUUAAGAACGUUUUUGAUUAUCCUUAUUUACAACGUAACUUCUGACAAGUACAUGUGAGAGGAGCAAAUAAUAUAAUAUGUACUUUAAUUUCGAAAGUUGUCUUGUGUUCAAAGUUUUGUUCUUUUCAGAUGAAAACUACUCUAAUUAACUCUGUUGAAUAUUAUCUUCACAAUAUACGGCAUAAUUUUCAAAGGAAGGAUCUUCAAGUCUUUUUGCUUGUUAAAAUAAAACUUCAAUAAUCAGAUGAGCUCAAACAAGGGUACAGUUUUCGAUAUUCGAUAUCCAACAACUCUGUGAACAAAAAAAAAGGCAAUAUUAAAGGUUUGCUUUUCAAUCUUAAGUAAAUAAUAAGCUUGAUCUCUUGCAUUAUUCAUAUUGGUUCAUAAUGAUGACCUUUAUACACACAACUUUCUAGUGUAAAUGGUCAGGUAUAUCCAAUGGCAAAUUGUUUGAAAUACUACAAAUUACAUUCUGCGUUUGAUACGUUUAAUACAUCUUUUAUGGCAGAUUUCAUCUCAUUUAAAAGUUUCUGCGACUUUAGUAUAAUAUUAGUUGUAGUUGCUAGUUCGUAGAGUAAUGGGCUGGAAACAAUGUGUCCAAAUCUCGCCUAUUUUGCCAUUACAAACGAAAAGACAAAAAUAAACAAAAAAAAUCUUGGCGAAUUAUUCGCUCUUUUUUUUAAGAGAGACAGGAAAAAUGCCUAUACUUGCUAUGUAAUUGAGUUUGAAUAAUGUAAUGUGGAUAAAUGUGAUAUAAUAUAUCAUGAAUUGUAUUAUGCUUGAUGAAACAUUUGAUGUAAAGCUCAUAUCACGGUUCCUGUUAAAAGUAAACAGCUGCCUAUCUUAUGAUAGCAUCUUAGCUGGUGCCUCUCUAUAGUACAGCGAGUUGAUUCAGUACCAAAGGUAAAUGGUUUGUAAAGUUAAAAUUGUUCACAUUUGAGUUGAUGCGAAUUAUGAUUAAAAAAUCACACACACUAUAUGCAUGAAAAAAUUACAUGUAUGUUGAGAGACAUGUUGUGCAUGAGGUAAACCUUUCUAUUUUUUAAUCUCAUGCUGUGAUCUAGCUGUUUGCAGUAAAGAAGUAUCAUUAAGCUGA